CAGUGUUGAUAGCGUUAAUUCGAUGCAAUUAUGUCCAAUAGCGAGAAAGUCCGGAAGUUAAAAUAUGAAUACUUUUCUCAUACCGCGUACGUUUUGACAGAGGAUGUGGUCGUAUAUGAGAGUACAUGUAGAGGUUGUUCUUCUACAGCUUAUGGUCACAGGAGCGUCGUGUUUUGUUAAUCUAGUUUCUGAACAAGGUUUGAAAGGAAAGGCCGGCAUGGGUGCAAAUCCUAAAAAACCAGACUGGACAGCUAUUAAAGCUAUAGAUGGCAAAACCUUUCAGGACCACAAUUUAAACUCCUGUGCCAUAACGGAUGUUGAAGGAAACCAUAAUACUUCUAUAUGGUGGAAGGUGUGGCUACAAAGGCAAUUCAACGUAGCAUAUCUAGAGAUAUAUUUCAGAUCUGACACAUAUACAAGAUCAGCUGGAUUUUCUGUUUACACGUAUAUUCCGGAGUCGUUUCAUCCUCUGCGUGAUCCCAAACAUCUCGUAUAUCAACAGGAUCCCAAAUCUGGAUGUCCAACGUCUGUUAUGAAUGUAACCGUCAACAACGUAACACAAGGGAUCACCUUUAUCAACACACGACCACCGGGAUAUACAUCAAGCUGUCAAUAUGAUAGCAUGAUGUAUACUGGGAUAGAAAUAUGUGAAGUUAAAGUCAUGGGUUGUGGAUCGAAUAGGUUUUCACCCGGUUGCAACCACUCCUGUCCAUCUAAAUGUAAACACCAACACUGUGACGCAUUCAAUGGAUCAUGUAUACAUGGAUGUUCUGAUCCUAACGCUCUUACAAUUGACUGCAUCGUUUGCCCUCAUGGAAAAUUCAUAUCAAACAAAUCGUGUGUAGACUGCCCUGGUCAUUGUAAAAGUGGAGUACAUUGCAAUAAGUUGACAGGGAUGUGCGAUAAUGGAUGUGCUAAUCACUGGAAUGGAACUUUCUGCAAACUUUGCUCCGAUCACUACUACGGCACUGACUGUAGCACUCCAUGUGGACACUGUAAAAACAAUGGCGUGUGUGACAAAGGGACUGGUUCCUGUCCUAAUGGGUGUCAGAAUCACUGGCAGGGGUGGCGGUGUGACGUUUGCUCUGAUCACUACUACGGCACUGACUGUAACACUCCAUGUGGACACUGUAAAAACAAUGGCGUGUGUGACAAGGGGACUGGUUCCUGUCCUAAUGGGUGUCAAAAUCACUGGCAAGGGGAGAGGUGUAACGUUUGCUCUGAUCACUACUACGGCACUGACUGUAACACUCCAUGUGGACACUGUAAAAACAAUGGCGUGUGUGACAAGGGGACUGGUUCCUGUCCUAAUGGGUGUCAAAAUCACUGGCAAGGGGAGAGGUGUAACGUGUGUCAAGACAGGUUCUACAAUGCUACCUGUUCUGCUAAAUGUGGUCACUGCAUCAGAAGAGAAUUGUGUGAAAAACAUGAUGGAACUUGCAUCAGUGGCUGCAGUCAAAACUUCGAACCCCCUCUUUGUCAAGAAUGUGUUUCCUACAAAUAUGGCCCAAACUGCGGAUUUGAUUGUGGACAUUGCAAAGAUGGUCAAUCUUGUGCCACAGAAAACGGAGUUUGCACCGAAGGUUGUGAUUCAGGAUGGAUCGGUGAUCUUUGUGUAACAGCUAAACUUAAUGCACCUGAAUUUGACAAAAAGGAAAACCAGCUAACAACAACAGGAGUAGCAAUCAUAGCAAGUGUCUCAACAAUGUUAGCUAUCAGCCUUUUUGUAAUCUUCUACAUGUCACGACAUAUCAUGAAAAAUAAAACCAACAGACACCGUACAGAUGCAUCUGUACCGGAGAACGAAAAAGCUUCCAAGACGUACGCCGAUUUAUCAGCUAUGGAUGAGAACCAUGCGUACUCAACGUUAGGCUGUACGGUAUCGGAUACUCCAUAUAACGUGAUCAGAGACUCACAUCACAAUAUCUAGUCACAUUUCUAUGUUCCACGCCGCAGUCAAAACUUUGGAAAUUAUCUGUGAAAAUGGUAUAGAAUUACACUAUUGGUUUUAAUAGCUAAUUCUUUUUAAGUGACGUUCAGAUAGCAGGUUUAGUUGCUACUGACUGUUUACUGAAAUGUGUGGGGUCGGUAAAGUCUAUAGAAGGCGAGGCGAAACUAAGCCUUCUAUGUACUUGCCUAUCCCACAAAUUCCUGUAAACAGUCAGUAACAAACCUAAUAAAUUUUUUGCUUUGUCGAUGACCCAAUGAUUUAAAAUGUAAACAAACAAAAGAUAGUAUAUAACAAUUAAAUUCAUAGCUUAAUUCUCUAAUUUUUUACUUUCCUCGUCAGCCGUCUGUGCAAAC